CACGCUCUCAAACACAUCUCCGUGUAGAACAGUCGCCCCGGAGAUACCGAAUAGAAGAGAAACUGGGACCACACAACUCCCACCAUGAAACAAUAGUGAAACCGUCACGCUUGCCGGGAGUAUCUUUCCCAGAACCAGACAUUACCUUUUUAUUGUCUCCACCGAGGCUGGUGAGGUUGAAAUAUGGAAACGGCUGCUUCAAGAUGUUUCCUAUUGCUCACUCAGCUCUUGCUCGUCUGUCAAUUAGCUGAACCUGUGCAAGGAUACGGACACCGGGCCCAGGCUGCCCAGCGCAAAUUCGCUGAUGACAUCGACUGGUCCUAUGCGGGGACUCUAAACCAAAACAACUGGGCCAACAAGUACCCAUCAUGCAGCAAUGCUAGACAGUCGCCCAUCAACAUCGAGGAGGAGCUGACACAGGUCAAAGUUCAGUUCCAAAAGCUGGAGUUUGAGGGCUGGGAGGAGGCGAUGUCUGAUAGGACCACCAUCAAGAAUGACGGCAAGACCGUGGCGGUGAACCCAGAGGGGGACUUCUAUGUGAGUGGAGGGGGGCUGAGGGGCAGGUUUAAGGUGGGGAGAAUCACCUUCCACUGGGGCCUCUGUAAGGCUUCCUCAGAGGGCUCCGAGCACAGUCUCAGUGGGGUCAAAUACCCCCUGGAGAUGCAGAUCUACUGUUAUGAAGCGCUUCACUUUGAGUCCAUAGACCAGGCCAUCAAGGACGGGGGCAGGAUCACAGCUCUCUCUGUGCUGUUAGAGACAGGCAUCGAAGACAAUGACAACUACAUGGCCAUUAUCGACGGAGUCAACAGUGUCAGCCGAUUCGGUAAGAGUGGGAUGGUGGGUCCCUUCUCUCUCCGUGGCCUCCUGCCCAACUCAACAGAUAAGUACUUCACCUACAAUGGCUCCCUCACCACCCCACCCUGCACUGAUACCGUGGAGUGGAUUGUCUUCAAGAACACUGUGGCCAUCUCCGACAGGCAGCUGGAGAUGUUCUGUGAGGUGAUGACCAUGCAGCAGGCAGGCUAUGUGAUGUUGAUGGACUACCUGCAGAACAACUUCAGGGAGCAGCAGCAGCAGUUCAUGGGACAGGUCUUCUCCUCCUAUACCGGCACAGAGGAGGUCCUCACUCCCAUCUGUAGUUCAGAGCCGGAGAAUGUGCAGGCUGACCCCCAUAACCUGACCAGCCUGCUGGUGAUGUGGGAGCGGCCGAGGGCGGUGUACGACGCCGGGAUAGAGAAGUACUCAGUCACCUACAGGCUGGCCCAAGGAGAGGACUCUGCAACCUUCCAGUACCUGACUGACGGAGACCAGGAUGUGGGGGCCAUGCUGCAGGACCUGAUAGCCAAUACUAGCUAUGUGGUGCAGGUGGUGGCCGUGUGCACCAACGGUCUGUACGGUCACAUGAGCGAGCAGCUGUCCGUCGACAUGCCCUUCGAAGACCCCGAGGUAACACCUUAUCCAGAUUCUACUGAAUUUGAAGGGGAAGAGGACUAUGGACCCUGGGCUAAACCAGGUGAAGAACUGGACAAUAACAUGGACUGGACAACCCAAAGCACUACGAGAACCAGGCCCACUUCAACCACUGCCCCACCCAGCCUCCCCUUGCCUGCUAUCAGAACCACCACCCCAUUUGUCCAGAGGAGAACCCCCACACCAGGCACUCCAUCCAGGACCACUCAACCCAACCGAGCACAGACUUCCACAGAGCAGAGUGAGAGGUAUCGUAGUACAACCAGAGCACCAGCAGAGGGUGCCGUCUCAGCAGGCAGCAGAGGCAGGGGAAGAACCCAGAAGUAUACCACUACAGUGACCACUCCGCAAUCACGCACUGAUGUCAUCAACACUUCAUCAACCAAGACCGAGAAGGGCAGAGGGGUGGCGUAUCCUGUGACCGUCCCAAGCGGAAAAGGCAGCAGUGUUUCCAUGGCCACCCCGCUCCCGGAAAGCCGGACCGUGGCCACUUCCGCCUCCUCCCUCUCUCAGGGAGAACCACCAUGGCCUACAAGUCCCAGCAUGCCCUUGUUUUCAUCCACUGCCUCCUCUUUCGCCGGGGCACUCUUGCAGACCACGCAGCCGGUGUUCAACGAGGCCAGUAACAGCAGCCAUGAGUCCAGGGUGGGUCUGGCCAGGGAGAGAGAGAGGAGGGCCAUGGUCCCUCUGGCAGUGAUCUCCACCCUCACCUUCCUGGGACUGAUCGUCCUGGUGGGAAUCCUCAUCUACUGGAGGAAGUGUUUCCAGAUUGCCCAUUUCUACAUAGAGGACAACACAUCCCCCAGAGUCAUAUCUGUUUCACCCACAUCCAUGCGUACAGAUACAGAUAAACAAGAAGCCCUUCCAGUGAAGCAGUUUGUCAAGCAUGUGACAGAGCUCCACCACACCAAUGCAUUCUCCAGAGAGUUUGAGAUAUUGAAAGAGUGUUAUGAGGAGGUGCAGGCGUGCCCGGUGGACCUGGGUAUCACCACAGACGGCUCCAACCAUCCAGACAACAAGAACAAGAACCGAUACGUUAAUAUCCUGGCCUAUGACCACAGCCGAGUAAGACUCUCAACCCAGGCUGACAAAGAUGGGAAGAGUGGAGAUUACAUUAACGCAAACUACGUUGACGGUUUCAACAAGUCCAGGGCCUACAUCGCAGCCCAGGGCCCUCUCAAGUCCAGCACCGAGGACUUCUGGAGGAUGGUGUGGGAACAGAACGUGGGCGUCAUCAUCAUGAUUACCAACUUGGUAGAGAAGGGACGGAGGAAGUGUGACCAGUACUGGCCCCUGGAUAGCCAGGAAGAGUAUGGUGGUUUCCUGGUGACGGUGAAGAGAAGUAAGGUUCUGGCCCACUACACCCAGAGAACCUUCACCCUCAGGAACACCAAGGUCAAAAAGGUUUCUCUGAAGGGGCGGAUUAACGAGCGAACCGUGACCCAGUACCACUACACUCAGUGGCCGGACAUGGGCGUGCCCGAGUACACUCUGCCCGUGCUCACCUUCGUCCAGAAGUCCUCCAAAGCCAGGACAGAUGACAUGGGGCCUAUCGUCGUGCACUGCAGUGCAGGGGUUGGCAGGACUGGAACCUACAUAGUGUUGGAUAGCAUGCUGAAGCAGAUCAAAGAAGAGGGCACGGUCAACAUCAUGGGCUUCCUCAAACACAUCCGCACACAGAGAAACUACCUGGUACAGACAGAGGAGCAGUAUGUGUUCAUCCACGAUGCUCUAGUGGAGGCCAUCUUGGGCAAGGAGACGGAGGUUCCCUCCAGUCGCAUCCACAGCUACGUCAACGACCUCCUGACCCUAGGGCCCUCCGGAAGGACACAGCUAGAGAAACAGUUUAAGCUGAUAUCCUCGUCCAAUGCCAUACAGUGUGACUACUCAGCAGCCCUGAAAGAGUGUAACAGAGAGAAGAACAGAAACUCCUCUUUAAUACCCGGUGAAAGGUCACGGGUUUGUCUGUCCACAGUGGCUGGAGAAACUACAUCAGACUACAUCAACGCCUCAUACCUCACGGGGUACCGGCAGAGCACUGAGUUCAUCGUGACCCAAAACCCGCUGGCCGGCACAGUGACAGACUUCUGGAGGAUGAUCUGGGAUCACAACGCUCAGGUCAUAGUCACACUGCCGGGAACACCAAGCCUGGCAGAGGGGGAGGAGCCAUAUGUGUACUGGCCCCGCAAGGAGCAGCCAAUCAGCUAUGAGGCGUUCACAGUGACCCUGCAGAGCGAGAACCACAUGUGUCUGGCCAACGAGGAGAUGCUGGUGGUGCAGCACUACGUCCUUGAGGCUACACAGGAUGACUAUGUUCUGGAAGUGAGGCACUACCGGGCGCCUCACUGGCCCAACCCGGACAGCCCCAUCAGCAGCACCUUUGAGCUGCUCAGUCUGGUGAAGGAGGAGAGCUCCUCCAAGGAGGGCCCCACGGUGGUCCACGACCAGGUUGGCGGUGUUACUGCGGGAACCUUCUGUGCCCUGUCUACUCUGGUGCGCCAACUAGAGGCGGAGAGCUCUGUGGACGUGUACCAGGUGGCCAAGAUGUUCAACCUCAUGAGGCCCAGGACCUUCACUGAUGUUGAGCAGUAUCAGUUCCUAUACACAGCCAUGCUGAGUCUGGUGGGCACACAGGAGGAUGAGAGGAUGCUCCAGUCCUCAGACAACAACGGAACAGUCCCAGGAGGCACCGCCAGCACAGCAGAGAGCCUUGAGUCCCUGGUGUAACCAUUUACAUUUUAGUCACUUAGCAGAAUAGGAGCAAUUAGGGUUAAGUGCCUUGCUCAAGGGCACAUUGACAGAUUUUGUCACCCUGUCGGCUUGAGGAUUCGAACCAGAGACCUUUUGGUUACUGGCCCAACGCUCUUAACAGCUAGGCUACCUGCCGCCCUAUGGCAACAGGGCCCCUAACUUGUCAGUAUGUAUUCUCGCCUAUCUCACAGUUUUCUGUUUUUAAAAACUGCAGCCUUACCUGUUUACCCUCUCUUCUGUUCUCCGUCUUUGAAUGCAUUUUCCAGACCGCUGGACAUGAUACCCUUUGACCUUGUAAUGUGUGCCUUUGUAUAUUCAUCUUGUAGCCUACUUGUAAUGGCUCUCAUACAAUUGAAGUCAACUUUUCUGAUGUUUUGUUGAUACUGCUGUCUUGAGAUAUUUGCUUUACUCUGUUUCAUAUUUAUUUUCAGUAAGCAAAAAAAAAAAGGGAACAUGCUACUUUUUACGUUAAACAUGUUUUGUUAGCCUAUUUUUUUGUUGAGUCAAUGCAUUGAGCAACUAAUUCUUCCGUCUAACAUUGAAUAUGCUAUUUUGUUUGUAGCAACAGUGAGCUUUUGAAGUCGAAAAUGCAUAAUGGUAUGAAAUAAUACAUCUAAUAUGUAAAUAAUAUUAUAGCAACCAAGUCAAUGGACCAAAUUUCUAUUUAUACUUCUAGAUUUUUAUAUUUUACUACAAUUUUUGUCAAUUUUUUAUGUAUGGCUGCAUUCUAAAAAUAACUUAGUCAAAAUAUUUUUUAUGUUUUAAUAUUAGUGUUCUGUAUUUUGUAACAUACUAAAUAUGAAGCAUGGGGUAUUGACACUUUUUAGCUGUACAUUAAACAUUGCUAGAGGAUUAGACAGGAUUAAACAAGUGAAAGAAAAUUCAAGGAAUGAGUUUUUGUAGUGUUCUGUAUUUCUUUUGUAGUGUUCUGUACAAUGAAGAGUUUGUAGAAAAAAAGGGGAGCGCUGAUAGAGUACACAAUAGUAGGUCUUUGUAAAUAGAAGGUGCUCUUUGGUAAAUUGGCCAACAUAAAGAAAGGAGGACCAAGGCCCUCUUCAUAUAAUUAAAAUGCCUUUAUUUGUAGGGCAUGUUCAAUGGAACAACGAUUUAUUUUCUUUUUUUACUCUGGCGCGUUUCGGCUGCAAUGGCCUUUGUCAGGGAUCCAUCUACAGUGCCUUCAGAAAGUAUUCACACCCCUUGACUUUUUCCACAUUUUGUUACAGCCCGAAUUUAAAAUGGAUUACGUUUAGAUU